AUGGAUAAUUUUGAUGUAUUACAACAUUUUGAUAUGAUUUCUCAUUCUCUUCGAUCACCAUUUUAUACAGUAGCUGAAUAUAUUCCAGGAAUAGGGACCCUUUUUAAGCCAUAUGGACCAGUAGAUGGCGUUUGGCGCAAUUUUGUUCUUUCAUUUCAAAAUUUGUUUGAAUUUUCUGGAAAUAAUAUUUUUUUUGAUAGAUUUCUUCAAGCAGGUGAUCCAGCUUAUGAAGAUAAAUAUCGUUAUGCAAAAUUAGUUGUUAAUUUUUGUUCAUGUCAUCAUACUGAAAGUUUUUUAUAUUUACUUCAUCAAAUAAAUUACUUUGAAGACGAAGCAAUUAAACGUAUUAAAAUAGCAAUUGCUUGGUUAAUGAUAACUGUAGGUUUACCUCUAAUAUGGAUGGGAGAAGAAUGGUGUGAAGAUAAAAUUCGUGGUGAUAAAGAUCGGACAAGAAAAAUUAAUUGGUCUCUUCUGACUAAAACAUCACAACGUUCUCUCUUUGAACUUUAUCGGAAACUUAUUGCAAUUAGAAAAUCAUCAUCAGCUAUUAAAUCUGAUAAUGUUAAUUUUCUUUGUCAUGAUUCUGAUACGUAUAUUGUUGCUUAUCAUCGAUGGUGUAAUGAAAGCAAUGAAUCAAUUGUUGCAUUGUUUAAUCUUUCAUUAAAAGAUCAACAAGCAUAUUGUAUCAAUAAUUGGCCAAAGAAUGGUCGAUGGCAAGAACUUAUUAGUCAAUCGGAAAUACAAAUUGAUAAUAAUGAAUUUAGUAUUGAUUUAAAAUCAUAUGAAUUUAAAAUAUUUGCAUUUAAAGAUUAG